AAAAUGUCUUAGAGUUUCUGCUGUACAGAUAAGAACUCGGAGAAAAUCCAAGAAGUGCUAAGGUAAACAAAAGUCAGGGUGACCCAGAAAAAGCAGACGGCCAUUUGACUAUCUGUAGACGCAACGGAGUCUAACUUGAGCUCCCAGUGGAAUUCGAAUAUCUCUUUUAAUUGGAAUAUAGCCUAUACCUACCUCAGGAUAUUGUCAUGAUAUCUUGCUUUCUUGAAAGCUAACUCAGGAAUUCCGUUGGAUUUGGAUUAUUAUGGCUUCGAUAAUUGUAUCUUUGCUUGUGUUUUGGGCCAUGGUUGUAUCACCAGCGUCUACAAGGAGUGUAGCAUCAACUUCACCAGGGCGUUCUUUAGAUAUUGAUCAGGAAGAAAAGGGUGGUGAUCAAGAAGUAGCUGCCAUGGAGGAAGGCCACCCUCCACCGGUGUUUGAUUGGCUAAGUGAACCUCCUCGAAUCAUUGAUACUGGAAAAGCCUGGUUGGUGCCUGGCCCAGUCCAAGAUGUGGAAGUCGAGCUGUGUAGUGUUAUGAACUCAGGUUCGGUUCAGCCAGAAGAAGGCGAUUCUGAAUCUGAUGAAGAGCUCGAGGAUUAUGAGACAGAAAACCUCUUCUGUCCAACUGGUUACAGAUGUCAGAUUGACCAUUUAGGUGACCUUGACAAUGGCAUUCCGGAUACUGGUCACUGCGUCCUUGAAGAUGGCGUUGAGGAACCAGAAGAUAUUGCAGACGACGCAGUUCCAACUACCACUACUUGUCUUUUUGAAGGGACUACCUACACCACUGGCGACACCUUCCGCUAUGAGAAUAAUAACUGUUUCUGUCGGAAUGGAGAGGUCGAUUGCAUCGUUCAUUAAACCAGGAACUAGUUUUCAUCGACUAUAGUCAUAGAUGGCGAGUGUCAAAUGUCAAGUCAACUUUUGGACAAAACGUUAAUAGAAUUAUAGCAAAAUACUACAAAGUUGAGAAAUUAAUCUAGACAUUAAUCGAAAAUCUGUCCCCUUUAUUGCAGUUUAUUUGGGUAUAUUUUGCCACAAUUGUUAUGACGGCGCACGUAGCAUUGACGUCAGCAUUGGCAUUCGGCGUCUAUAACAACGGUCACACUUUUGUAUUUGCAACCAGGUGGUGCCAUCUAUUUGUUAUGCCUUGUUUAUUACACACAAAAAUUCGAAUGAUAUUCUCAACCAGAUAGUUUUUGUCAUCAUUUUACCUAACGUUGAAGAUCAAGUAUGCCGUCCAACCAUGACAAACAUGUCGACCCCGGUGAUUUUAAGUUGGCUUUGUAGCAGCCAUUUUCAUAAGUAGACGGACAUUCCCUUCACAAGUAAAUCGAAAUUAAGUUCAAUUAACUAUUUAUAUUAUUUUUCACAAUUCAAUAUAUUUGAGUGCCAUGGCGACGGGUAAAAUAAAUAUAGACAACAAUGAAAAAAUUUACAGUAUAUUGGACGUCGUACCCAGUCCCCUAGCUUUGAUUUUUUCGUGCAAUGUUUCACCAUUUUAAGAACUUUCAUGAAAUUUUGGGCGAAAAUUGUCCUCCCUUUGGCAAAAGCUGGUUUAGGCCUAGUGCCUAUUGUUAUUAAGUCC